GGUUUUCCUCUGUGUGUCCUUAAUUAGGGUUUUGUGUUUGUUACGUAAUUUCGGUUUUUAAUCUCAUCUAUGUAUUUAGCUAAUAGCAAGCUCUCUGUUCCGGCGUGGGAGAAGGAUUUCUGUGCUGUGAUUGGUUCUGUUCCAUGGUGGAAAGUUGUAGAGGCGAAGCGGUUUAUGCACAUAUAUGAUAGAGUGGUCCAGUGGGACGACUCAGCGGGGGAAGACGCAUUCAAGAACGCUAAAUCCCGGUUCUGGGCACAGAUAAAUGGUCUUACUUGUGACUUAUCUUUACCUAAUCCUGAUGUCUACAUUGAUGAUGUUGAUUGGGAUGCUGAAGUUGACACCGAGCUGAUACUUGACCUUGAACGUGGUCCAGACCCGAUAACAGAAGAACAGGAGCAUGUCGUGAUACUCGAUGCUUUGGUCUUGUCUGGACAAUAUAGCGGGCUUGGUUGGGGAACGGGUUGGGGAGACGCUGAAGGGAUUAACGAGGAGAAUUUUGGAACGGGUAAACCAGAAAACUCAUGGGAUAAUCAGAAAUGUGAUGGAUGGAAUGAAGAUUCUUGGGGAAUAAAGGAGAAAACUGAUUCUUGGGAUCAUAACAACAACAACUUCAAUACCGAAUCUUGGGAUCAGAAGAAGUGCAACAACAACAGCUUCAACCACAAGAAGGUUGAGAAUUGGAAUGGUAGGGAUCAAGGAAGAGAGAGCAGAGGGUGGAGAAAGAGAGGAGAAGUUCAACAUGGAGGAGAUCGAGUAGAGGAUUGUCGAUGGAGGAAUGGGAGAGGGAGAAGCAGAGGCGGGUUUCAGCAGCAUUCGUCGAAUGCUUGGGGUUGGACUGAAUCCUUCUGAAUUAGACAGAGAGAGUCUCUGUUGAUAAAACAUUUUUGAGGAA